AAAUAUUUCUUGAUUGAACAUAUUCAGAGUGAAAGGUUUGUUUUUUUAGUGAGUUACACCUGAAAUCUUAGUUAGUGGUGAUGGUGUUUCAUUGAUUUGUAAUAAAGUUUAUUAAAUGUGAAUUCUAAUCUUGUUCGCUUUGUGAGCUAUAUCAUCAAAAUAUUGCACUGUUCCUUGUUUUCAGGUUUCGUCCUAAGGAAUGGUGUUAGGUAAGGUCUACAAGGUUUGGCAUAAAGUUGAUUCAGUUUACUCGGUUCUAUUGGAGAAAAGGAAUGACAAGAGCCAGGCUCUUCUCUUCGAAGCUGAGGUCAUCUCAACACUGACUGGUAGUGAAGCUGAUUCUGUUAAGCAUUUGUAUACUUCACUAGAUGAUGCCUAUGGAUGUUUGGGUGUGCUUCAAUUACCUUUAGGAGACAGUACUCAUCUGCUGUACCUUGUUCUGGUGAAUGCUUGCGUGUCUGUUGGUAAAAUAGCAAAAUCGGAAAUAUUUCGCAUCACUGAUACGACAUUCAUAUCAUUGCGAAACAAUGCCUCAGAUAAUGAUAAAAUUCAAGAAAUAAGACGAGUGCUGAACUCGGGUACUUUUUAUUUCUCAUGGACAUCACAACCAGAUGAAAAGCCAUUCGAUUUAACAUUAAACCCCCAGCGAAAGUUGAGAACGAAUGAAACCGAUAAUCGCUUCUUUUGGAAUAGAGUUUUCCAUCUACAUUUCAUAAGAUAUGGUGUUGAUACCGAUCUCUGGCUUUUGAAAGCAGUUUGCGGGGGAGUUGCCAUAAGCACUGUUUAUGUUGGACAUGAACAGGCAAGAGCUUGUCUUAUCUCAAGGUUAUCAUCGGAGCGCGCUGGUACUCGUUUCAACGUUCGGGGAGUUGAUGAUGAUGGAAAUGUUGCCAACUUUGUCGAAACAGAACAAUCAAUUUAUCUUGAAUCCAAGGUUUCCUCUUAUAUUCUUCUUCGAGGAUCUGUUCCAUUAUUCUGGGAACAACCUGGUAUUAAUCUGGGCUCACAUAAAAUCAAAAUGUCUCGUGGAAGUGAAAUUUCACAGCCAGCUUAUGAUCGCCACAUUGCCGCUCUUCGUAAGCGGUAUGGAAAACAAUCCUUCAUCAAUCUAAUGGGAAGUAAAGAGGGUGAAACCAUGUUAACAAAAAUGUUUAAGGCUCAUCAUAAAGCUUCUUGUCUAACUAAAGAGAUUCCUUUGAUUAACUUCGAUUAUCAUGCCCAAUGCCCACGAGGUCGUCAAGAUAAUCUACAUAAACAUCUUGCCUUCGAGAUCCGUAAUCAACUAAAAGAAUUUUCUUUCUUCUCAAUCGGAGAUGGUGUUGAAAGGAACAUGCAAACCGGAUGUUUCAGAGUCAACUGUGUUGAUUGUUUAGAUAGAACUAAUAGUGUACAAACUUUCAUUGGUUUAGAGAUUCUUAAAAAGCAGCUCAGUGCUCUCAAUCUGACUGAUAAGACGACUGUAACUUCUCGGUUUGAAGAAACAUUCAAAAAUAUGUGGAUUAUGAAUGGAGAUCAAAUAAGUAGAUUGUACGCUGGAACAGGAGCUCUUGAAGGAAAAUCUAAGAUCAAAGACAGCACUCUCUCUGUUGCUCGUACCAUUCAAAAUAAUCUUCUUGACAGUAGCAAACAAGAAGCAUUUGAUGUUCUGUUACUGGGUAAAUCAUUGAAUCACGAAUCCGCAGAUAAAGCUCGAUCUCUUCUUCCUCAACAUUAUCUACAUCUUCCUAAUAAUAUCCUCAUUGCACUCUGUGAUCGUUAUCUCGAAUUUACAAAGCCCUUAUCAAUCAAAGUUGUUGUUGGUACCUGGAAUGUAAAUGGAGGCAAACAUUUUAACAGUAUCGUCUAUCGUAGAUCUGAUCCACUUUCAGAUUGGCUUCUAGAUUAUAAAGUAAAGAAACAAGUUCACAAUAUUAUGGACCUUUCUCUGGAGGAAUCUCUUGGUGAAUUAUCUGAAGAAAAUGCUCCGCCUGAUAUUUAUGCCAUCGGAUUCGAGGAAAUAGUAGAUCUCAAUGCUAGUAAUAUAGUUGCUGCGAGUACAUCAAAUCAACGUGAAUGGUUGAUUGAAUUACAAAAAACCAUCUCACGCGACACUAAUUACGUUCUUGUUACGAGUGAACAGCUUGUUGGAGUUUGCUUAUUUAUAUUUGUUCGACCUCAUCAUGCUCCUUUUAUCAGAGAUGUUGCUGUAGAUAUUGUUAAAACCGGAUUAGGAGGAGCUGCUGGUAACAAAGGUGGAGUUGGCAUCCGAAUGUUGUUCCAUAAUACCUCGUUAUGUUUCCUUUGUGCUCACUUUGCCGCUGGUCAAUCUCAAGUUCAAGAUCGUAAUGCUGAUUAUGCAGAAAUCACUCGUAAACUUAGUUUUCCUUCUGGUAGAACACUCAAUUCUCAUGAUUUUAUCUUUUGGUGUGGUGAUUUUAAUUAUCGAAUCGAUAUGGACAACGAACGUGUAAAAGAUUGCGUUCGUUUAGGCGAUUGGCCAACUUUAUUAAGCAGUGACCAGUUGAAGGUCCAACAAGCCAAAGGAAAAGUUUUCCGCAAUUAUAUUGAGGGUGAAAUCAAUUUCCCUCCUACUUAUAAAUAUGACAUCGAAUCAGAUGAUUAUGAUACUAGUGAAAAAUGUCGAAUUCCUGCUUAUACUGAUCGUAUACUCUUUAAGAAACGCCAUGCAACCCGAUUAGGGGAAGAUCAUCAGCAUCUGAAUUAUGGUAAAAUAAUCUAUUAUGGUCGGGCUGAGUUGAAAACUAGUGAUCAUCGGCCAGUUAUUGGUGAAUACGGUAUUGAUGUAUUAAGGGUUGAUGAUAAAGCAUUAGAAGAAAUAUUUGCUAGAUUGGUUACUGUCUCGGGUCCGCAAGAUGCUUGUAUUUUAGUUAAACACAAGGCUGGUGCUGUCGCUUUCACUGAUAAUUUAAUUCAAUCAAUACUUAAAUUACUUGGUGAUGAGGGUGGAGAAAUCGUUUUACUUAGGUUAGGAGAGAAACAUUUGACAAUCCAUUUUAGAGAAAGUGUUUCGGCAUUGAAAGUCUCCAAAUCGUCUUCAAUUUCAAUGUUGGAUUCUAAUUUAUGGAUUGAGCUACAAACACCGAAUUGGAUGGAAACUUAUCGUAAAGAAAUGAGUUUGGGAAUGAACAAUGUGGUACCUUUAUGUGAAUCUUCCUCAUUACUACCCGAUCCCGAAGAAGCUUCGACAGUUACUUCAGCUUCGUUGUGCUUGCCAAAUACUCUUUGUAUUGAAGAUGAUUUAUACACUGUAUCUACUCCAUGUCAAACAAGUCCAACUGGAGAUGAUUCCGAUGAAAAACCUCCUCCAAUUCCUGGACGAUCAACACCAACUCAGCCACCAUCGAGACCGCCGCCUCCUUCUAUUGCCAAAGGUCUUGGAGGAUCAAAUAGCAGUAGCACAAGUAGUUUAGUAGGUCCACCAUCAAAGCCACCACCGCCAAUGGCUUCUAGUUCAAAAGCGAAACCAAUUCCAGUUCGACCUGCGCCACCUCCACCGCCUCCAUCUCAACAGCUGCAAUCAUUACAAUUCAUACCAUCUGAAGGAUCUACCAACAACAGAGGAAACUCUCAAUUCCAGCGAGCCAAUUCUCGAAGUUCACUUGAAGGAGGUGAUACAACUUUUAACAUGCCUCCACCUGAUAUUCCUGCUCCAGCUCCACCACCAAUAUCGAGUGAUUACGAUAAUUCUAGAGAGAUUGGAUUUUCUGAUGAUGAUCCGGAUGAGUAUGAUAGAAACGAACCAUCAUUACCGCCGCCUAUUCCACCUCCAAGAGUAGAUUCAUUUGAAAAAGAUGAUAUUCUAGAUGAACCUGUCUCUCCAUGGCAAACAUUACCCCCUGCACCUCCUUUGCCACCUGUAGAGUGUAUUCCAGAUGUACCGCCACUUGUUCCGGAAAGGCCUAAAAACUUACCUAAUCUCGAAUCAAUGAAUGAUUGCUUAAUGAACAAACCACCUCCUAUUCCAGCUCGAACCAAGGUCCCAACAUCUUCCGCUGGUCCGCCAAAGCAUCCACCACCAGUCAUUCCACCAAGAAGAGCACCGUAACAUCUUUUAAAAUAAAUUUUGCCUAAAUAUCUCGCUCUUCCUCAUUCCUUACUUUUUUGUCUCAUGCUUUGUGAAUCUUCUAGGCUAGUCAUUUGCCCAUUUCUGUCAUAAUUACAAUUAAUACAACUAUGAUCAAUUAAACUUAUGUUGUGGAAGAUGGAAAUCAUGAUAAAUGUUGAGUUAUAUUUGCUUGAACGAAAACAUAAAUUGUUAAAUAUAAUUAAAUUUAGUCUCUAACAUAUCUUGUUUUAAUUUUUUUAUUCGCUACUUUGAAUAAAACUGCUCAUCUUAAA